AUGAAUCACCUCAAGUUGGUUGUGGUCGGUCCAAACGAGUGUGGCAAAUCAUAUAUCUGCAAUUUUCUUUCAGAAACUGUAGAUCAAGUUACCGGUGGAUAUCAUCCAACCAGUGGUGUCAGAAUAUUAGAAUAUGAACAAAAAGUCAAAAUAAAAGGAAAAACCAGCAAAGUUGAAGUCGAGCUAUGGGAUGCCAGUGGAGAUAAAAAGUAUGAAACUUGCUGGCCGGCUAUUUUCAAAGGGUCUCAUGGAGUUGUUUUUGUAUAUAACCCUGAUAAUCUUAAUCAUGUAAAUGAUCUACAAAGUUGGUAUCGAGCAGUGCCGCCUAGUUUGGGUUUGAGCGAACAGCAAAUGUGCAUCAUUUGUCACAAAAAACCAGACACAUCAAUUCAGGACACGGUUUCUCUUCCGGACGAUCUACAUAAAAUACUUCACUUGUUUUCUAAUAUACCAAAGGAUGGGGAAAGACUCAGAGAACAGUUUGGGAAAUUUGUAUCACAUGUAGCAUGGGGCAGGGUGGAGGCAAGUGAACAAGAAGAACUUAAAAUAAUGAACAGUUAG